AUGGAAAAUAAUCCGAUUGAAUUUUACCAUCUUCCAACAGCACGGAUAGCUUCGGCUGGUGCAGCACAAACAGGCUGUCUAUUUCUGGGCAAUAGCGGCAGUGGAAAAUCCUUUUUGGCCAAUAUUGUUAUUGGUCGUGAUGUAUUUAAAGCUGAAUGUAAUUGUGAUUCGGUUACACAUGAGACGGAAUUUCAAGAAUACAAAAUCAAUGAAGACAAUUCGUGUGCCAUUUUUAAUAUUCCCGGUCUAAUUGAAGCUGAUCAACAGGCUGUCGAUCGAAAUAAAAUUGAAAUUUACAAAGCCUUCGAACAAUGUCCAAAUUCUGUUGUUGCAUUUGUGUUCAAUGUCGGCGGAAGCGGAAGAUUGAAAGAUGAAGAUUUGAUUGCUUUUCAUGCCAUCAACAAUGUUUAUGAUUUCAAGAGUAAUUCAUUUUUGGUGGCGGUAAAUGACUUGCCGCCAGAACGUCCAGCAACGUAUGAAGGUGAAACAAUUGUCAAGUUACAACAUCUGUUGAAUAUGCAAGAUGUUAAAGUAUGUUUCCUCGAUCGAAUCAAUAAGGACGAACUACGUCAACGUGAUUAUCUUCGAUUAAAAUUAGGAAAAGCACUUCUCGAGUGUACACCGAAAAUGUAUGUGAAGAAAGGUGAUAUUCAGUUGCAAGUUGAUCAAAUUAAAAAGAUGAAAGAGGAAAUGAAACAAAAACAGCAAGAAUUCGGUCAUCGUCGUGAACAGUUACAGAAUGAAAUACAUCAAAAACAAAGUGAAUUUGAUCAAGCGAAGAAAGAUUUUGAACAAAGUGAGACAAAUUUACGAGCUGAAGUAGAACAGCAAGAAGCAGCCGAACCCAGCAGUCAAGCACAGCAAAAUGAAUUAAUAAAAAUGAUUAAAAUUAUGCAAAGUGGAAUGGCAGAACAAUCAGCCGAUUUGAAUGCUGAACAAACACAAAAUACUGGAAUACAAACGGUAGAACUGCGACAAAAACGUCAGACUGCUGCUGACAGUCAAGCAGAACAACGAAGAUUGGCAAAACAAAUGGAAGUUAUGAAAUCUGAAAUUGAACGUCUACGACAACAACAGACUUCUACGGCAUAA